AGGGCGGGGCCCAGGCGGACGGCUCUGAGAGCUCGGCGCCCCGGGGCGCGCGUCUAGUCGCGGAGGCGCAGCAGUGGACGCGUUUUGGAGCAAUAUGGCUGACAGCAAGGCCAAGACUGCCAAAGCUGCUAACAAGACACCACCCAAGUCCCCAGGAGACCCAGCCAAGGCUGCGAAGAGGAUGUCACUGGAGUCAGAGGGUGCCAAUGAGGGUGCAGCUGCAGCUCCUGAGCUCAGUGCCCUGGAGGAGGCCUUCCGGCGGUUUGCAGUACAUGGGGACACCAGGGCAACAGGAAAGGAGAUGCAUGGCAAGAACUGGUCAAAACUGUGCAAAGACUGCCACGUGAUCGAUGGGAAGAAUGUGACCGUCACUGAUGUGGACAUUGUCUUCAGCAAGAUCAAAGGGAAAUCCUGCAGGACCAUCACCUUUGAGCAGUUCCAGGAGGCACUGGAGGAGCUGGCCAAGAAGCGGUUCAAGGAUAAGAGCAGUGAGGAGGCUGUACGUGAGGUGCACCGGCUCAUUGAGGGACGAGCACCAGUCAUCUCUGGCGUCACGAAAGCUGUGUCUUCACCCACAGUGUCACGGCUCACAGACACAAGCAAGUUCACAGGCUCCCACAAGGAGCGCUUCGACCAAUCAGGAAAGGGCAAGGGCAAAGCUGGCCGCGUGGACCUGGUGGAUGAGUCAGGCUAUGUGCCUGGUUACAAGCAUGCAGGCACCUAUGACCAGAAGGUGCAGGGGGGCAAGUAGCCUUAUAGGCUGACGCUCUGGACACUAUAGGUGGCAGGCACAGGACUUACCCAUUGCACUUCAUUACAUUCCUAUGUUUAACUGGGCAGAACUCAGAAUGCACCUCCACUAGGCAAUGGUGGGGGCAAUGCCCAGGCCUCCUCUUGCUGGGUGCUUUGACACUUCUCUCUCAGACCCCAGGUUUGGGCCGUGAUUCAUUGUCUGUUCUAACAUACCUGCCCUGUCCACAGCUGGGAAGUGGACUGCUAUUUCCAAACUGUCUCCCAGGAUCAUACCACAUUGGCCACUUGAUCUGCAGGUAAAAAAGGGUGUUUUUUGGGACUGGCAGAAAUGAAGAUGAACAGAGCAGAUGUCAGAACUCACACUGACCUUAUCUAGGCACUUCUAGGUUGGCAAGAGCUAAGGAACUAACCAACUGCAUAGAGUAAUAAUAAACAGGCCCCUUCAUCUUUCUUGACCACAGCACAUGACUGAGGCUACUUGGUGGGUUGUCCCAGUGUUUGUGAGAACAAUUCACAUCAGCACACAUGCAUGUGCAUGUACACACACACAUGCACACAUGUGUAUUCACCAACCGAGUCUGUGCUAAGAGUGGCCAAGAGAAAAUGGAAGCUCCCCGGUGACCAGGGGAGUGACUUGGAGAAUGAAGCUGGAAGUUUCCUCUGUGCUUGGUCUCAAGAGUGAUCUAGAGAGAUCCAGGACAUCAAGCUGCCAUGUCCCAUCUCCAGGUUGGGACAUACAUGAUGCUGAGACACUUUGUCCAGACCAGGCCUGGACAGUUGUUUCACCAGUGUGAGAUGGAAGCUUUUGCCAGGGCAAGUUAUGUUGUGUUUCUCUCAAAAUUAUGUGUCUUCAGCUCUAUGGAGCCUUCUCUGGGUUCAGUUUUCCUAACUUUUCUCACAAGGGCAAGUGCAGGGUACUGGACACCAGAACCAGGCCUAAGAAAGAUUUGCAGUAUCUGCCAAUGUUUCUUUUUCUGCCACAAGAGAGAAGCCAGGACUCAGCUCAUCCAAGUGUGAGGGUGCCACAUAGCCAGGCCCAAAGGCAUGCACCAUCCUCAUAAGAGCCCCACAGCAAUUGUUCCUUUGCAUUAACAGCCCUAGUCUUGCAUGCAACUUGGUGGACUGUGUGGCCUUGUUCCUAGAAAAAACACACAGUGGAGUCAGGAUAUGCUUCCUGGGGCAGAUGGGUAUUGAGGGUAGGAUGUCUUAUGUGGCUUGGACAACACAGGUAGACAGCAAGGCUGUCUUCCCCACUGCCAUGGCACAUAGUCACAUUAUCCACCUCUCUGAGGUUCAGAGAGCAUGCCUUCACUGCAGCACCAGGGAAGAUUACCUACUAGCCUAAGAGAGAAAAGCAUGGGCCUCAAUACCAGACCUCCCAGACAGCAGGCCCUCCGAAGGUUCAAAGUUAACAAGUUCAACAUAGCCGCCACUGGAAGAUCAGGGUGCUCAGCUUCCUCCCAAGGUUUUAUGAGUUUGUCGUACCUGGCAAGCGGUGGAGCCUCCUUUCUGGAAUCUUACCUCACUGGUCUGGGGAAACAAAAGACUCCUUGCACUUCUCACACCCUCACCCAGAACCCCUAGUCCCCAUGUGGCUGGCAGUCUCUUGGUCUGAGGACACUCUUUUCUACUGCCUAUAAACAGCCCAGUUGCCACCAUCACAGCCAAGUGAAAUGGAACACUCACAAAUCCAUCAGGAGGUGACUGCAUGUAGGCCAGGGCAGAGGAGCAGGCUAGCAAGGCAUCAGAGGGUCCCCAUAACAUGUAGUGGGUCAGAUGUUUCCCUGACCCCAUAGUAGUAUGAAAACCCUGGACACAGCCUCCUGUUCAAAGGGCCAAGAUACCAGAAUGAUGUCCAGAUGAAGACUGAAGCCAGGGUUAACAGCCUAGGAACACCUAGGAAACAACAUAAGUGUCCACCUUCACAGGACCACCCAGCUUCAUGGGGACGUUUCAUUAUAAACUGGUCACCUCACACAUGUGCUCAGGACUGAACAGAAAAGCUCAGACUGGCAAGCCCAGAUAGGUCCUGGGCAGUAGAGGACCGGAACUGCCAUCAGAGUCCCCAAAAAUAUGAUCCUCAGCAGGAAAGCAUUCUAGGAAAGCACUUGAGAAAGCAUUUCUAAUGGCUCUAACACAGUUUAGGUUUUGUAAAUGAACAUUGGGUCACUCUGCCUUGCCAGUCCUCACUGUCCUAGCACAGAAGCUGAGCACCCUUGGGAUAGUCCUAGGCCUGCCCAUGUAGUUCCUCAGCAACACCCAGAACUAAGUCAGACAAGUGGUCUUCAUUGUGUCCCCCCUUUCCUCCAGAGUUUCCUCACACAGCACCUUUCUCUAGUCAGUGUUAACUUUAACUUUGAAAAUAAACCCUCCCUCUAGAUGAUAUAUGUCAUCCAGCAAGGAAAGGGUAGUAACAAUUAGAUCACAAAGACCUAGUGUCUUCAUACUAUCAGUUUAAAGUGUCUAUGAAAUUCGUUGUGGCAUCCGUGUACCCUCUCAACAUAGAAACUGAUUUGAAUCCAAUUUUGCUGCACAAAACAGAUGUGUAUUUUCCUCAGUUUGAUUUGAACACACAGGUAGAGUGCUUGUCUCUGUUGCAUGUUUUAUGCAAUACCAAUUAGCUAUUACUAAUUAUGGAUAAAUAGAAUUCAGUGUCUGUGAAUAAAAACAAACAAAAACUGCACAGCAUGCAAACCAAGACCCAGGGCCAUGUGCUAUUAGGUGACAGGCACACAAGAGACAGGGAUAGGUUCUCACGGGGGAACAACAUUUAGGAAGUGACAUUUUUUUUUCUAGAGGUGACACCCAGGAGACAGAGACAUAUUGUUGUGAGCUGACCCAGGAAACAAAAGAUACAUUCUAUCAGGGAAGACACUCAAGAGACAGAGAUAGGUUCUCUUGAGUUAUGACAGCAAAGAAUAAGGACAGGUUCUGUCAGAGGCGACACUCAGGUACAUGAAAUGGAGUGACAGAGUCAUUUGUUACGUUUGACACUCGAAGAUAUGUUCUGUCAGAGUGAUACUUGGAUAUAUUCUAUUGGGGGUGACACCCAGGAACAUGGUCUGUAGAAGGUGAUAUACAGGGACACAUUCUGUUGGAGGUGACAUUCAGGAGAGAGAGUAAACUGCAGGGAAGAUCCAUGCAGAUGGUGUCUUAAGUGUCGGGGAAUGAUGGUAGGUGGGCUGGAGGCUGUCUGAAAACACUGACUCUAGUAGGACCCCUAUUUAUUUCUAUUUAAUGCUAUGAACAACUAGUUAGUGGAAAUGCUUUACCAAAAUCAGAGUUCAAAUUACAUAUUUAAAUAUUGUUGAAAGACCUAUAUUUAUACUGGAGUAUUUUUACACCUUUCAGUAUCCUAUCUUAUAUUGGGGCAUAGGGACAUUAUGACAGAUGGAGAUAGUUUUGAAAUGGGCUGUAUGACAGUUCUGCCACCUCCCUGUAGUCUGUCCCAGGGAGUUGACAGGUGCCUGCCCUGAGCCAAGACCCAACCUUCCCACUCCCAGAGGCCCUGAGUUGCCUCUGCUCUCUGUUUAAUUUACUGGCACACAGCUGUUCCCAUGUGUUUUACAUACUGUUCUGUAGCUGCUUUGGUAUUAGAACUGGCUGGGAGGAUUGAGACAGAUGUCAUGGCACAGACACAUAUGGUAUUUGCCAUCUGUCCUUUUUCAGGGUCGGUCUCUCUUUCUCUCUCUCUCUCUCUCUCUCUCUCUCUCUCUCUCUCUCUCUCUCUCUCUCUCUCUCUCUCUCUUUCUCUCCCCUUGUGUAUACCUGGCUACCUGGCUACAACAUGGGCACAUAGGGGAAGCCCUGCCAAUUAAGAAUGGCAAAAGUGACAAUUUAGCUGUACUGUGAAGACAUCAGUAGACAGAAUAUCCUUCCAACACUGAGCCAAACUGCUCUUCUUCACCAACAUACUACUGACCAUUUUACAGUUCAGGGGUGUGGCCAUCUUGGGACGCUUAAAUUAUCUCUUCCUUUAGACUUAACUAAACCAAGCCAAACAAUAAAGGAAGCCUGUACAACUUAAACUUGAAAGGAAUAAUAUGCUACUACUACUAGUUUGUACUAAGUUUUUUUUUUU